CUGCACCCUCUGGCCCUCGGAAAGAGACCGGAAAAGAUCAAUCCCUCGAUCGCAAGCUAAAACCACCUCGGCUCGACUGUGAUUUGCCGCGCGUCCCGGCGCCCCCCUCUCCCGAUCCGCCUUCGUCAGCCUGCCCGCCAGCCAUGCUGAGUGCGGCACCUCCCUUCUCAGUGUCAGAACUCUCCUUCCCGUGUUCUCGCGCUGGAUUCACCGCCCCCAGCCCGAUGCCUCCCUUUCCAGCUCCCGGCACUGGGUCUUCCGCCUCGCUCAAGCGCUCUCGCGAACAAAGCGAUCUCUCCGGGUCGGACUUGUCCCCUGGGUGUGAGCCUGGGCCCCAGGCCAAGCGGCCAUGCUCCUUUUUCUCUCUUGCCGGCGGUCCCCGGGGAUCGCCCGGACACUCGGCCGGUGUGGCCGCCACCGGACAUGUCCCCCCAAACCAGGCCCACAUUCCGGUAGCACGAGACGUCCUCGGCCGGCCGACGGUGGCUCCAUCGCCGCCUGGGAAGCGCCGGGCCUCUGUUGACGCCACCUGCUCGGACUUCGGGCUGUCCGGGGGGCUUGCCAAGCGCCCGCGUGCAUCCUGCCUGCGUGCCACCCGCCUGGGCGAUCCUCCCCACUUGGCGACGCCGAUGCCCGAGGAGGGGCACAUCUCCCAACAGCAACAGUUCCCCCCCAGUGGGGUCGAGCCCGUCGGCGAUCAGCAGCUCGUGGUCUACCAGGCGCCCUUUGGCUUCGGCGGGCGGGCAGCCGCCCAUGGCGAUGUUGACGUCUCGGAUCCCUCUCUCGACAUCGAUGCUGCCAGUGCCCCGGACACCGGGCUCCGGCCAACCGUGUGCGACACCACGGCCGGUCUCCUCCGGGCAAUGUCUGCAUCUGGGCGUCUUUUCUCUCCACGCAGCCUGGCCGCUGCUCUUCAUCAACAUCCGCAUCUUCAGCACGCCCCGCCCCCGGCCUUCCCCCCUAUGUCAAGUAGCACUCCGGCCGAACUUUCAAUUGUUCCAUACCAGCGCGCGGUCGUGCCGCCGGAGGGGUAUUUUGGGCUCGACGCGCACUUUAAUGGCCCCCCCGAUGCCAGCCAUCUCCGCUGUUCCGAAGCGGCCGACCUCUUCCUCGAUGAUCCUAGCCGGAUCGUUGAACUGAGCAGCAGUAGUAGUAGCAACAAUAGCAGCAGUGGGGAAUCCGACUCCGAGGCCGAUGUGGUUGCCGCGCCCGCUGCCACCACCACUGCCGCCGCCGCCGCCGCCGCCGCCAUGGUGCCGCCCUUGGCAGCUUGGCCCAUGGCCGAUGGCGGGUGGAACACCGCGCCGCCGGCCUUCUUCCCUGGGCAACACCACCACCAUCACCAGCAGCAGCAGCAGCAGCAGCAGCAGCAGCAGCAGCAGCAGCAGCAGCCGCCCAUGUCCGCCCCUCAGCACCACUUGUACUCUUCACAUUCCAUGGAUUCCAUGGACAUCGAGUGA